AUGAUCAUCAAUGAAGAUGAUGAACCUUUCUGCAUUUGUGAAUUAUGCUGUGAUACUUUUGAUAUAUGUGCCGAAUUCAUCACUCAUCUCAAGAGUGAAGAACACAGAAACAAGUGCCCAAAGACUAUUGUGAGCUUAGACAUUUUUGCAAAGUUUGCAAUUAUCUCGGCUACGACGAAUAUAACAUGCUCCUCCAUAACCAAAGCGAUGAACAUAAUCGGAAGAAUGAAUCCCUUCUCCGUAUCAUCGCCAAGAGUAGCUUAUUUGAAUCACAGAGAUCUUGAUUUGGGAAACGACACGAGGACCAACACUAGCUUUGAAGAUGCAAGGGAAUGGGGUGAGAAGUAUUACAGAGGUAACUUCAAGAAGUUGGGUUUGGUUAAAGGGAAUAUCGAUCCAACGAGGAAACAAAGAUGCAAUGUUGUGUAUUUUUUCUCUAGUAGAUAUGUACCCAAUAACAAACAAAUUGAAUAG